AUGCAGAUGGGCGAUGAGACGAGACAGAGGGUCAAGUUCACAGACGACCGUGUGUGCAAGAGUCACCUCCUGGACUGCUGUCCCCAUGAUAUCCUGGCUGGAACACGAAUGGACCUGGGAGAAUGCACAAAGAUCCAUGACUUGGCCCUGCGAGCAGACUAUGAGAUAGCAAGCAAAGAGAGAGACCUGUUUUUUGAGCUGGAUGCAAUGGAUCACCUGGAAUCCUUCAUAGCAGAGUGUGACAGGAGAACAGAGCUGGCCAAGAAACGCCUGGCAGAGACACAGGAGGAGAUCAGUGCUGAAGUGUCUGCAAAGGCAGAGAAAGUACAUGAGCUGAAUGAAGACAUUGGAAAACUCCUAGCUAAAGCUGAACAACUGGGAGCUGAAGGAAAUGUUGAUGAGUCUCAGAAGAUCCUGAUGGAAGUGGAGAAAGUCCGAGCAAAAAAGAAAGAGGCAGAGGAAGAAUACCGAAAUUCAAUGCCUGCAUCCAGCUUCCAGCAGCAGAAGCUGCGUGUGUGUGAAGUCUGCUCAGCAUAUCUGGGUCUCCAUGACAACGACCGGCGUCUUGCUGACCACUUUGGAGGCAAAUUACACUUGGGUUUCAUUCAGAUUCGUGAGAAACUGGAUCAACUGAGGAAAACAGUGGCAGAAAAGCAAGAGAAGAGGAACCAGGACCGUUUGAGACGGAGAGAGGAGAGGGAACGAGAGGAGAGAAUGGGCAGACGGUCUGGAUCAAGAAACAGAGAUCGCCGAAGGUCCCGGUCCCGGGAGAGGCGGCGGCGGCGCUCCAGGUCAGCGUCCCGCGAGCGGAGGAAGUCUCGCUCG